CAAGAAAAUUGAAGCAAAUCAUAAAUUAUCCAUAAAUAACAUGAUUAAUUGAAAACUUCUUCCUUUCAAUUAAGUUUCUUCACUCUCCACUCGAUAACAUCAACUUCGUUCUACACAAUUAGAAAGAAAAAUUAGACAUGUAUGUCCCCACAAACAUAAAUAAGAUUAAUUGUUUAAAAUAUUAAAUAUACCUAGAAAAUUAAUUAUAUGGGUGUGGGCGCGUACCCAUGGAUCGGGUUUACCUAAACCCAAAUCCAUCCCAACCCGAUGAAUAGUUUACGGGUUAAAACCCAAACCCGACUCAAAACCCAUCAACAGGAUUUUACCCGUCUUGACCGGGUUGGGUCGGGUGGGUACCCGUGGGUUCGGGUUUUGUUGCCAUCCCUAGAGGUGGGUGGAAUCAGUGGCUGAUAUUUGGGAUGAGAGAGAGAAGGUAAGGCUUGCGAGGGAAGCCAAAUUUUGAUUGGGCGGGAGAAUUUUGAUUGGGCGGGGGAAGUGUUUGUGGAAUCUGGUGACUGGCUGGAGACUGGAGAGUGGAGACUGGAGACGUACUCGUGGCUGCACGAGAAUGCAACGUGCUUUCCUUGCGUCGGUUCACGGUUGCCUACACUUCACGUGGGCCGUUUGGCUCGUUUUUAUGGGCCUAGUUUCAGGGGCCCUUGUUAAGUUUAAGUCCAAUUAACUCGCCCGGGCCCGACACUCUACCUUCCCAACGCAUCCUCCAAUCUCCACUCCCCUGUAAUCAUUGUCCGUACGAGCUUAAGCUUGGCGGGUAAUAAUAACUAAAAACUAAAAUAACUGUAAUAAAUGAAGGAGGAAGUUUCCUUUCAAUUCAUAUUAUGGAAGGAAAAUCAAAGUUGACGAUCUUAUUACCAUUAAGGUAAAGAUUUAUUUCCUUCCAACGCACACAGAACUCAGAAGAAAAAGCCCCCAAGAAAUUAGUCCCUUCAUUAAUGGCGGCCAUUGGUGAAAUGAAAUCCCACUCCUGGAUUUUUCCUUAUUAAGAACCGAAAAAACUAAUAAAUUCACUGCUCAUUUUCCCAUUAAGGCUCGUUCUUACCACGAGAACUUGCAAGAACUUCCAUUGUUGGAGUGCUCUGUUUUCUGCCCCAAAAGGUAAGAUCUUGAGACCUUCCCUUUGGCGAAUUCGUAUCUUACCCAAUUUUGAAAACAAUUCCUGUUUCUGACGCAGAAGAAUCAAUUCAUAAUGGGGGCCAAAAGGGUGAAGAUUGAGCUGAUAAAGAACGAGAGGAGCCGGCUGCUGACUUACAAGAAAAGGAAGGCGAGUCUGCUGAAGAAGAUCAGCGAGUUCUGCAUACUCUGCGACGUCAAGGCUUGCCUUAUCAUCUUCUCCGGCAACAACGGUGCCAAAGGCGGGGAGGAGCUUGAAACAUGGGCCCCGGAGUCCUGUACCGUGGAGGAGCUGAUCCAGCAGUACAGAAGCUCCGACAAGCCCAUGAAGAACUUCACCGUCACCGAUUACUUCAGAGAGAAGAAGAAAAGGCUGGAUGUCGAGCUGUCGAAGGUGAGGAAGCAGAUUUAUAAGUUGAAGUUCCCGACUUGGGACAAAAGGCUGGACAAUUUCUCCGUGGAUCAGCUCGGAGUUGUUCUCGGUCAGCUCGAUUUGAAGCUGAAGCUUGCCGACGAGAGGAUCACGGCCUUGACAGCCGCCGAACGGGCUACUGCAGGCCUGGUUCCUCCGGCGCCGUUUAACUUCCAUAAUCCUGUGACUCAGGAUGGGGGUUCGGUAACCGGGAGGGAGAUUGAUAAAGGGCACGCGUCAAAAUCGCUAAUUUGCUCCGAUUUCAACUCCCCUCCUCUUCCAUCAUUGUCGCAGUGGCAGAGCUCGGCUGUGGCUAAUGGCUACUCGGACAACCUGUACUCAACCAAUUCUUCGUUCUACAUUCCUGACAGGUUCAAUUACUUUGCUCCAGGAGUCGGAGAAUUCCCUCCGUACAACAAUCCCCAAUCGAUGCCUGAAUUCAGUCCGGACAAAGGAAUGAACUUUGGGAUGAUGCAGGAGUACCAUCAGAUUAAUAAUGUCCCCGUAAUGAUGCAGUCGCCGCCCAUGCCAGUGCGGCAGGAACCUGUGCCGAACAGAGGUCAUCAUCAGGGGAUGCUGAUGCCUGUGAAUGUUGGGUGUCAGUGGGUUUUCGACUCUGAUCGGAUGUUCGGAGAAAAUUCUGACGGAAGAGGGAUGGAGGAGAUGGGGUAUAUAUCGUCUUCAGGGUUUCAGCAGAUGACGCAUCAGUUUUCAUCUCCUGCAAUGGCUGCUCCAGCAGGUUAUUCUUCCCAUCCCAGGAUGUUUCUGAACCAGUUGGAUGAGAAUAAUAUUGGUGGGUUUGAAUUUGACAGGGGACACCAUAAUCUGUAGAUGGUUAUUAGGUAUUAAUUAGUCUUAUAUAUAGUUGUUUAAGUUGGUUGUGUUUUCUUCCGUUAGUUGUUAGUUUCAGACUAGGUUUCACUGUUACUCUGUUAGUUCUAUGGGAGACCACCUUGUUAUUUCUAGAUAAUGUUUUGCUAUUGACCAGCAGAGUUAGUUAGAUGUCAGUUUAUCCGUUUUGGAUCAUACUUAAUCUACGAAUUGUUUUUUUUAUCAUAAAUAUCUAUGAAUUGU